CUCUGCGCUGCUGCUGCUGCUGUUGCUGCUGCUGCAGGCGAUGGCGAUCGCGAUGGGCACCAUCUCGUGGGUAGAGAAAGCGGAGGGGGAGACGGUGGUGCUGGGCUGCACCUGGAAGGUCGAUCCGACGGCCACUGAGCAGCUGGACGUGGAGUGGUUCCUGCAGACGCCCACUACCAACAUCUACUUGGCCACGUUCGUCGGGGACGAGGAGCACGUCUACCCGGACUUCGCGUCCCGCGUGCGCUUCGUGCGCAACGUGACGCAGCGGGACGCGUCGCUGCAGAUCGCCGCGCUGCAGGGGAACGACGGGGGAGUCUACACGUGCAGAGUGAAGUUUGGCGCUUUCAUCCAGCAGGUGCCCAUCAGGCUCGUCGUGCUGGCUGGUGCAGUGAAGGCGAGCCAGCCCAGCUGCGUGGUGAACGGUUCGGUGCUGCAGGGCAAGGAGCUGUCUCUGCGGUGCCUGUCCACAGAAGGGACGUCGCCCAUCAGCUACGAGUGGAAGAAGGCUGGCGGAGAGGAACCAUUACCCUCCGUGCUGGCAAGCCGUAACGCCAGGCGCCGUGACGGGCGCCGUGACGGGCGCCGUGCCGGGCGUGUCUCUCGUCGUCACCGUAAUCGGCUUCUUCGUCUGGUGCCGGCUGCGCAAGCCGGUGUGCAACCGAGACUAUCGCAACGACAGCUGCAGGAUGGACGACUGCCCCCCCGUGUCGAUGAGCCGCCCGCAACCCACGUCCGCGGCCCACGACCCGCCCAGCACGGUCGACACGCUCCAGAAAAUGGCACCACGUUCCGUGCUGUAGUAGACUUGUUCAGCCUCCUGACGGUGUAG